UUAGACGCCAUUUUUGUGUUAGCGAAAGAGGGAUUCCCAAAGAUUGUAUCUACUGUAUCACAUCCUCCGGGAUGGGGGAGACAAAAAUCAUCUAUCACAUAGAUGAUGAAGACACUCCGUACCUUAUUAAACUGCCAGUGCCCGCUGAUCGGGUAACACUGGGCGACUUUAAGAAUGCCUUGAACAGGCCGAAUUUCAAAUUCUUUUUUAAGUCUAUGGACGAUGACUUUGGAGUUGUAAAAGAAGAAAUAAUUGACGAUGAAGCUCAUUUGCCAUGCUUUAAUGGGAGAGUGGUUUCUUGGCUGGUUCCAGCCGACAACAGUGCUUCAGACACGCAGUCGCAGUGCACAGACUCGCAGGCCGGGGACGUAGUGCAGCUUCCGUCUGAGCGUGUCGGCGGCAUCGGCGACAGUCGGCCUCCUUCCUUUCAUGCAAAUGCAUCUGUAGUCAGUAGAGAUGAAGCUUGUGACACGUGCACAGAAGCCGAUUCUGUCCUUGGUGCUAGACGAGACCGCCACACGCAAAGUCGCGUGUCUCACCACACAAACCCUAGUCAAAUGCGAGACCGGCAUAAUAAUGGUCCAAGAAUUAAUGGUCAUGCGAAACAUGACCGGCACAGGGACCUGCGGGUUCAGGGUCCAAACACGUACGAAACGUCCACAAUGGUGUCCAGUGACCUCGAGUCAACCAGCUUCUUUGACUCGGAAGAUGACAGUCGAUUUUCCACGGUAACAGACACCACAAGCAUGUCUUCUAAAUAUCACGGUCGUCAUCGAAGACGGAGAAGACGGCACCGGCCACCCCCAAUUAGUAGAGCAUCUUCUUUUAGCAGUAUAACAGAUUCUACGAUGUCUCUUAAUAUUAUUACAGUGACCUUAAAUAUGGAUACUGUGAACUUUCUAGGAAUCAGUAUUGUCGGCCAGAGCAACAAAGGCGGUGAUGGUGGUAUUUAUGUCGGGUCUAUAAUGAAAGGUGGGGCUGUUGCCCAGGACGGCCGGGUGGAGCCGGGAGACAUGAUUCUGGAGGUGAAUGGUAUCAGCUUUGAAAACAUGAGUAAUGAUGACGCGGUGCGCACAUUACGAGAGGCAGUCCAAAAGCCAGGUCCAAUCACGCUAGUAGUUGCAAAGUGCUGGGACCCCAACCCAAAAGGUUAUUUUACAGUUCCGAGACAGGAGCCGGUGCGACCCAUAGACCCGUCAGCAUGGGUGGCACACACGACGGCCAUGCGGGAACACUACAUGGGCCGCGGCGGCCCCAGCAUCGGAACGUCGCUCACCAACAUGACGUCCACCAGCUCCUCUUUAACUAGUUCUAUACCAGAGUCAGAACGAUUUGACGACCUAAAUCUUACUGUCAACACAGACAUGGUGACGGUUGUCAAGGCGAUGGCUCAGCCAGAUUCGGGAUUGGAAAUCCGGGACCGAAUGUGGUUAAAAAUUACAAUACCAAAUGCUUUUAUAGGUUCAGAUUUAGUAGACUGGUUAUUCACACAUGUGGACGGGUUUACUGAUCGGAGGGACGCGAGAAAAUAUGCAUGCAAUCUUUUAAAAGUGGGCUACAUCCGCCACACAGUCAAUAAACUCACAUUUUCAGAACAGUGCUACUACGUCUUCGGCGAUCUUGGUGGAAAUGGUCCUCCCCAAUAUCCAGAUCUAACAUCAUUAAGCCUCGAAGACGUGGAUUCGGUAUCGGAGGCGGACCGGGAUACGUUGGCACCACUGCCGCCCCCUACCUGGAACAACCAGUACCCUUACAGCAGUCUGAACUACCUGCCCCAGCAUCUCAACUACAUACCCCCUUACAAUUAUACCAGUACGGACAAUGCUAGUUUUGUGGGAUCGUUCGUGGACGGUGCCCCGGUGCCGACACCGAUGCCGAUGCCAGCGUCGUCUGGUAUCGGGGGCGGUAACGGCAGUGCUGGGAGUACGCACAGUGCUUCAGUAGCUGUGAAAGACUGUACAUGUUUAGUUAGCACAUACAAUCACUUGCGAAAGCUUUGGGAAAAUAAGGACAAACAAAAUACCCUGCAGAAUGUUGGUCACCACGGUGACCCAGCCAAGUCCCUCCUGCAUGCUGGGAAGGAACAAGCAUGUUUACGGAACUCAUCGAGUAGUCUUGGAAGUAGUGCGUCAGGUGGCAGUAAGAAGGAGAAGGACAAGCUGGACCGCAAGUCUUCGAGUCCUAUGGGCAGCGGUGGCAGCGACACCGACUCGGCAAGCAUCGCCAGUGCGAGACGAGUGCCCCCUGGUGUCCACCCGCUCGGACAGAUGCCCGCAGACCUUAGCGGCAGUAGACAGUCGUUCAGAAUGGCCAUGGGCAACCCUUCGCUGCUUGAGAUGGAUGAUAUACCACAAUAAGCCUGUCUCGGAACGGAUCGCCCGCCCGCCCGCCUGUCCGCCUGCCCGCCUGCCCUCUGGCCUGUGUUAGCUUCCCACCCUCAUCUAACAACGCUAAUUCUUGCCACUGUAGAAUCGCUUGACUCCUGUGUGAUCACCUUCACUUCUCACGCCAACCAACCAACCGACCAACCAACCAAAAUAAUCCUGUCUAUGCCUUCUCCUUUUUCAAGCCUCAAGCCUCUUUUUCAAGUCUCUAGCCUCUGUUUCAAGUCUGAAGCCUCUCUUUCAAACUUGAAGCCUCUCUUUCAAGUCUCUAGCCUCUCUUUCAAACCUGAAGCCUCUCUCUCAAUCACAAGCCUCUCUUUCAAGUCUGCCUCUCUCUGGACUUCUUCACAAAACCUCCCCCUCCCCCAAAAGGGUUCUCGGGGCAAUGCCACACGAUGCGAGUGUUUCGUACGAGACUAGUCACAAGAAUAGCCGAUUGUGAUAGGACAACAUUACGAUUUCGUCGCUCACUAUGCAAUUGGUUAUUCUCGUACGUGGCACUCGUAUUGUGUGGUUUUGCCUUUAUAUAAUCCACACUGCAACAAACAAACAAAACGAGAUUGUAGACGUCGUCUUCUUCGGCAAUAGGUUUUGCCGGUGGAUCUAGACAUCUGUGAUAUUUUUUUCCUACAGUCUGGAUUCAAGAAGAAAAGUGUAUACAGAUUUUAUUUUUUAAACAAAGCUCGUAGAUAGAUAUUGUGUAAAAAAAAGAAAAGAAAAAAAAAAGGAAAAAAAAAAAGGAAAAAAAAAAAGAGUUUAAAAAUUCUGAUGCUAUUGUGAUCAGAUGCAAGUAGUUGCAAUGCUGUUUUGCUGAAUGACUGGUUGUUGCAUAUAUGGGAGUAAAUAUAUUAAAAUGGCCUUUUUAUUAUUAUUUUUAUUUUUAUGUAUACUCUUUCAGUUGAUCAGUAUUUUUUAAAAUGUAUAUUGGCAAGUCAUCUGCUUGUUCUGAUGCCUAUUUGGAUGUGUUAGUUACUCUUAAUGGUCUUUAAACAACUCUCUGCUGUCACCAUUUUGUUUUUCCUGAUUGGUGUGCAUUUCCUGAUUUCAUUUCAAUUCCUCAGGGCUCACUCUUGACUUGGGACUUCACCCAUUUUGCAGAAUGUUUAGAUUUUUUAAAAUCUUAAAUACUCCAAAUAUUGUUUGCCAAUUUUGUGCAGUAUUAUUAAGAGAAGACCUAAUAAUCUGUGACCAGUUUGCACCAUGAUGAAAUAUUUGUUUUUGGGGUGAAUGAUCUCUUAGUUUUCAGUUGCUAGAUACUUUUGACUUCUGCUAUUUUCUUUCCUCCUGUUUGUUCCCUACCCUGCAAGUGUUCAUAUCUCGUACCUGGUUUUUUUUUUUUUUUUUUUUUCCCAUCAAAUGUUCCAGUUUUGCAAGUCUUUCUAUCCUGCAAACGUUGUUGUUUUUUUUUUUAGUAAUUUAAAAUCAAAUAAUUUUUCAGUUUUGUAAUUGUUUCAUUUCUGCAACUAUUUCAGUUCUGCGAAUGUUUCAGUUCUGCGAAUGUUUCAGUUCAGCAAAUAUUUCAGUUCAGCAAAUGCUUGUGUUGUGCAAAUGUUCCCAGUUAAUUAUUACACAAUUUCAGUGGAGUCUGUGUGAUGUUUUGAAAAAAAUAUUUUAAUGCAUUCAUCAAGUUACUCUUAAUCAAAGUUUCUAAAAACAUUUUUUUUUUUUUAAAUUGGACUACAUUUCGUAUGAUAUGGUUUUGAAUCUUUUAAUAUGUCCCCUUUUUUUUGUAUUGAGUACUGGCUGGCUGGGAUUAUAAUUAAGUGUAAAUGUUACACAAAACAUACCAUAAGCUUGAGAUUGUAUGAAAUUUUUAAAAAAAUCACUGAUCUCAUGGCUAGUGAGUUUUAUAUAAAUUCUAGAAGCCCUGAUGAGGUAAGCCUGUGUUAUAAACAUAGUCUUUUGAUAGUUCUGCUUGAAACAUAGUUUCUUUUACAACUCUGUCCAGGGGCCACAAACACUAUACAGGAUUGGGGCCCUCGUGUAUCUGUUCCCCAGACAAGCUCUGCAUAUGAAAUUUACCUCUUGGCCUACAAAUAUUCUGUCUCUUCAGUUUUGAAUUACAGCUCGUGAAGGUCAUUGGGCAUUAUAAAACCUGUUUUCUUUCCCUCCAGUUCUGUCCUGGAUGAAGGAGCCAGCCGAGACCGGCACCUGCACCCAGGACAGGCGUGCGCUACAACAGCUUGCUCUGACCUGACCUGGGGCCUAAUUCACUAAACGCUCCCAACUUUACGAUCUCGCAGUGCAAUGCUAAAAGACUUGCAAAGAGGAUGCUUUGUUGUCUAGCAGAGCCUAAGAGACAUUUGUGAAUGAGGCCCCAGACCUCCAGUUCUUGACUUUAAGGAUUGUUUUAUUGAUUGUUUGCAUUUCUGUUUCCUCACCCAACUAACAGUACUAAACAAAAAAAACUUGUGCUGCCCUGCAUCGUGUUCUUUGCUCUUUCCAUUUUCAUUUAAACUCAUUGAUCCUAGUUACUGAAUAUAAUUUUCACCUGUACCAUUAAUUUCUGUUUUUUGUUUACAGAAUGAAUUAACAAAUAUUGAGAUUCAUCAGAAUCACAAGUUGUACCAUUUAAUGAUCUCACAGGAUCAAGUAUACCUGUUCUUAUUACAAAUUAAUCACAGCUUAAUAUUUUUUUUGUGUUAAGUAUAUUUACUUUAGCUAUUUUUCAUUAAAUACAUUUUGAUUUAGCCACUGCAACACCAGGAUGAACGACCAGAAACACGCUGAAUUUGCCAAAAUUGAAAAUUUAAACAAAUAAGUUGCAAGUAAAAUGUGUAAUUCAACAGUUAAAAGCUGUAAGAGCUGCAAAUGUUUUCUAUUUAAUAACAAGUCAGUGACUUUAAAGCAUGAUUAUCACCUCCCCUCCCUCCCCCUCCCCCUCCCCCCCCCAGAACAUGAAUGUUACCCUCCUGCAUUUUUCUUCAGCUUUAAGUGAAUCUUAGUUGUGGGGGCUUUUGCCGAUUCCUUUGGGGUGAUGACGGGUGGGUGGGUGGGGGGGGGGGGACUGUGAUGCUAGAAACAUCCUGAUUUAUAUGGGGUGGUGGUGGAGGGGGGCCUGUGACCCUAUAGUCCAUCCCAUGGGAAAUGUCUUUUUCAUGCUAUGGAAUUUACUUUUAAGAAGUUAAGUUUUGAAACUAAACCUCUAAGGUACUGAACCUUCUGCCGGGUACUCAAUAUGCUCUUAAUUGCUAGCAUCCUCCCUCCCAUAUCACUUUACCUCUUUAAGACAUCCACUUCAUCCUUAUGCAAACUGGUUGUUUAUAGUGUUUAUGUAUCAGCAAUAUUUGUCUUAUCCUGUUUCGAAAAAGUAAUUUUAAUUGUUGAAAAUACUUGAAACAAGAACAUUUUAAAAGAUUUUAAAAAUUUAUCUUUUUGUCAUCUGUGAAACCAGAAUUAUAAAAAAUUUUAUACUCUUGGCAUCCUUCAUUAUUCUUAAUUUGAAAAACGGGCUCCUCUUAAUUCCUAUACAUCUAUUUCUCUACUCCCAGUGAAACAAUAUCUUCUCUUCUCCACUUCCCAGUCCUUGUCUGUCCAACCGUGGGUUUGUUGUGGUCAUUUCAACCAGUCCCCAUCAGCAAUACUGCAGGCAUACAUAUAAGUCUGGUCACUUUGAAUCCAUAUAUCAUUUCCUUUAUGGUAAUGAGUGCUUUUAAAUUCUUGGUUUAUCUAUACAGUACGCAAACCACAGUAAAGUCAACUAAGCAUCUACAAAGUCAACUAUACAUGGGUGGGCAGAUGACGUUUUCCACCCCUGUUCACUGAUUGACUGUGUGGGUAGUGCAGGGCACAGUAUUUUGUGUGAACUAUUCCGUUUGCAUGUUGAUUGAACAAAUUUAAAUCCAUGUAAGCUGCCAAUUGGUUUCAUGGUGAAUUACAGUUUUUUUAGAAUUAACAGUAUUCCAAAAUUUAAAAAACCCUGCUUCGAAACUUGAAAAAUACUAUAUUAUUUGGAAAAUCAAUUUGUUUAAAAUGUUCGGAAUGCCAGUAUUAUACAGUAGUACAUAUGUCACGAUCAGGUUACUCACUGGUUAUGUCUGUGUAAUUCUUGUAACCAAAUAAUAGGUUACCUAUGUAAAAAUCAAGCAAUUCAACUUCUGGUUACAUAAAAAUUUAGGAAAUGCUGUCCCUUUCAGUGUGACCUGAGUUAAUUUUAAUGUACAGGGUCUGACAUUAACGACGGCCUGAAAGGCCGUUGGGCCAGUUGUUUUUAUGUCAAGCUGGCCCAAACAGGCCACUGAAUACUCUAUCCUUAAACUUCCAAUAUCACAGUUGACAUAAUUAAAAAAACAGGCCACUGAAUACUCUAUCCUUAAACUUCUAAUAUCACAGUUGACACAUAAUAAAAAAAACAGGCCACUGAAUACUCUAUCCUUAAACUUCCAAUAUCACAGUUGACACAUAAUAAAAAAAAACAGGCCACUGAAUACUCAAGCCUUAAACUUCCAAUAUCACAGUUGACACAUAAUAAAAAAACCCCCAUAAUAUUAAUAAUAAAUAGUAUGACAAACCAGUAAUUACCCACUGUACAUGUAUGUUCAGUUUUGAUAAUUACCAACCACCAAUAAAAACAACUAUAGUUGGCUAGUUGACUUUUUUGUUGGGUCUCAUACUGGACACCUCGUGUAUGAAUGUUUGUGCUGGGCACGAAUGCAUGCCAAGGUUUUAACUAGUUUGCAUGUCGCUUUUCUUUCGACUAUUUCUCUCGACUGCCAUUUGUUACAGUUGACAAAUUGUGAAUCAUAAUGUUGUGUUUUUUUAUUUGUUCAUGCCAAAGUUUUGUCCAUAUCUGUCACAUAACAUCAAAUCAAAUUUUGUUUUGUUUUUUUGUUUAAUAUUUUUGUUUUUUUGUUUCAUAGCAUCAGAUGUUUGUAGCUGCCAAGUUGUUGAAUGAGAAUGCGUGUGUUAAGUUAAAUACUCCCAUGCUAGAGUCUACUAUUGAAAUCUAAACAUCAAACUCGCUCGGCACAAGUUAGGAAAUAUUUCUGCUGAACUAUUUCUUACUAUCUGUCCAAACAAAGCCAGGAUACUAUGAUAGGAUUUAAAAGUUUUUUAAAAUUAUAUAUAUAUUUUUUUUUUGGUCUGUCUGUAAUAGGCCAUUGUUAGCAAUAUAACUAAUUUGGUCCCUUGCUCUUGUACAUGUUGCUAAUGGGGAAAAAAAUGUAGCGGGUUUUCUCUCUAAGACGAUAUGUCAAAAUCACCAAAUGUUUGACAUUUGACAUCCAAUAGCUGAUGAUUAACAAAAUCACUGUGCUCUAGUGGUUUCGUUAAACAAGAUAAACUUUCAACUUUCUAAUAGGCGAUAAUUAAUAAAUCGGUGUGCUCCAGUGGUGUUGUUAAACAAAACAAACUUUAUAAUAGCUGAUGAUUCAUAAAUCAGUGUGCUCUAGUGGUGUUGUUAAAACAGUUGUUUGCUUUUGUACAAUUUAAUUUCAGUAGAUAAAUUUCAUAUAGAGAGGCUGAGCAUAUAAGAAAUCUGCAUCGUAAAAAGAAUGUUAUCAAGCAAAAUGGUGAAAGCUGAGUUCAGAAACAGUUGAUACUUUAUAUAUCUGAGCAAGUUUGUGAGAAAAAAAACCUCGAUCAUAAUAACUCCAUUGCUUUCUUAGCCCCUGUAGAGUUUUCUGGAUUUAUUUUUGUUCAAGAUCAUUGUUAUCAAGCAAAAUAGUGAAAGCUGAGCUCAGAAACAGUUGAUACUUUAUAUAUCUGAGCAAGUUUGUAAGAGAAAAACCCUCGGUCAUAAUAACUCCAUUGCUUUCUUAGCCCCUGUAGAGUUUUCUGGAUUUAUUUUUGUUCAAGAUCACUAUCAUCUCUGCAAAUUAAUUUACAACUUUUUCUUUAACUAUAAUGGUGAUCACACACAAGCUUGAUGUAAUUUGGUUUUUUGUUCAUCAAUACUGUAACCAAAAUGUGUCAGAAUUACCGCUGAUAUCCUAUAGCUAGUGAUUGAUAAAUCAGUGUGCUCUAGUGGUGUCUUAAACCAUUGCACACCAACAUUCGUGAUAUGGAAAGGAUAAAGCCAUUUUUUUAUUUAUUUUUUGUUUUUUCCAAUUUGGAAGUGAUGGCAGUACAUUGGAAAUGAUUAAAAGAAUAUAUUUCCACUACUAAGCCAAGUGAGUUUUGAUGAUUUUUGUGUGUGUGUGUGAGAGAGACUUACUGCAGGACCGGGAGAACAUGUACAUAGUGAAAGGCAAUGCGUGAGAAAGAUUUAAAAGGAUGGAUGGAUGGAUGGGUGUGCAUGUGAUGUGUAUUUAUUGCCAGUAGGUUUAAAACAGGAAUAUUUUGUACAUUUCUAUUUUACAUUUUAGAUUUUAUACAUCAUUUUUACAUUGUAAAUGCAAGUACCAGAUGGAAAAGUGGCAUCGUGAAUGCAUUUUUAACAUUUCAGAAAAGGUUAUCCAAGCAACUAAUAUUUAAGACGAGUUUUCUUGUAAUGUUUCAAGUAUUGCCUGAACCUGCAUACUUUUUAAAUACCGUAUAUAUGUAAGUGAACUUAGAGGUUUUAUGAAUCAAGCAGUGCUUGUAGUGCAUUAUUUACAGUUUUGAAAUGUAUUUUCUUUCGUCUUGUGUCCCAUUAUUUUUCACUGAAUUAGUGCAAUAUGGAACUGGCCAUUUCAUCUUCAGGGCAUUGGUAAGGUUUGCAGGAUGUUAUCACAGAACUGCAUUGCAUUGACUUUUAAAACCCCAACAACAAUGGUUUGAAAAAACAAAACAAACAUUACAAAACAACCAACAUGCCCAUAACACAAGAUUGUGUAAAGAAAAUAACAUUGAUUCACCAUCCCUAAAUUGGUUAAUCAUUUUUUACCCAUCUGUUCAUGUCUACCAAUUCAUUGACCAUCAUGUAUUCAUUCGCCAUCAAAAUCAUGAUCCAUAUAAUAGUCAUCAUGAUCCAUACAUUCACCAUCAUGAUCGAUACAAUUUUCAUCAUGAUCCAUAUAUUCACCAUCAUGAUCCAUACAAUUGUCAUGAUCCAUACAUUCACCAUCAUGAUCCAUGCAUUUAUCCAUCAUAACAGAAAAAUAAAAAUCUAACCAGACUAGGUCAUCAGCUUAAAAUACAGGGAAAAAACAUCAUUUAUGACAAUUGUGAAGGUAAAUGCAUCAAGCCCAACCUUUGCUGAUGUGAAAUGGUCAGUUUAAAUGUAUGUCUUUUAUAUUUGUGCAUUCUGUAUGUCGGUUUAUGUACAUUUCAGCAGUGCUGUGCAUGCAUUCUGUAUUUUAUAAAAAGUUAUUUACAUCAAUUCUUUUUAAAAAUUUAUGUUAAAUCUUCCUUUUUAAAAAUGUUUAAAUAUAACAUUUUACAGAGUAUUUUCUAUUAUAAUUAUAAUGUUAUGAUAAAUGAAGAAUCCCCAUUUCUGAAAUUACAAUACUCCUCAGUUUUGCCUACCAACAAUGAUGCCAUUAUUCAAACAAGCAGAACAGUGAACAUGGUAAUAUAUUUAAAAAUGCUAGUGUUUUUCGUUUGGUUUUAGAAGGGUGCAUUUUGUUUAUUUAAAGACUAAGUUAGUAAUCACAAAUUUGUAGGCAAGGCAGUUUUAUGAAUGAUCAUGACCUAUGUACUUAGCAUGAAACAGAAUUUAUGUUUUAGAAUCGACUUUUAUGAAAUCUGUUCAGGUUUUCAUACUUUCAAUUGUAAAUUUUCAUAUGUUUUUAACAUCUCAGGAAAUGUACAUGUACUCAGUCAUUCAGAUGUGUAUUUUGUGGAGCAAACAUUUACGAUUUUAAAAGAUUGUAUCCAUCCUAACUUCUUGUUACAUGUUUACAAGUUGGACUGGUGUGCAAGAGAAGAGUUGCUAGUUGUAACAGAUGUUUAAUUGCGAGUGAUGUUGAGAAAAUAGAACUGUACGACUGGUCCUGCUCUUUCAUUUUAUAGUGUGCGUAUGAAUGUGGGCUGCUUCGGCAGUGUUAAGAUACUGCUAUGUCAUUGUAGAAAUAUGUAAAUGUCAUACCAGAUUGUCAUAAUAAACUAACAAUAUUCAUAA